AUGGAGACCACUGAGUCGCCUAAACUUCAGGAGUAUGGAGCGCUGCCAGAUUGGUUUGACGAAGCCGAGAAGUUGUUUAAUUACGUUUUGGCAAUUCUUCAAUUUGUCGGUUUCUUUAUAAAUCUUAUUCAUUUGUCUAUUCUGAGCCGAAAGCAGCUCCGUGGGAAUUCUGUGUACCGUUUGAUGAUUGGGAUUUGCUCUUGUGAUCUUUUAUCUCAUACACUGACUUUCCUGGCGUUCUCCCCGUUCUGGAUAAGGGAGACACGGAAAAAGAGUCAGGAUUGUUUCCUAACCAUGACCUACUCCGACGCUUUUCUUCUUCUCUACCCAGUUAUUGCCCUGGAUAUCACACAACGCACUUCUUCCUGGUUGGCAUUGGCUAUGGCAUUCUAUAGAACUCUCUCCGUCAUGUUUCCGAUGAGUGGGAGAAUUCAGAAGAUGUCAAGACCGAGAUGGGCGGUAUUGACAAUUUUUGUGGUGUUCGUAGUAAAUACCGCUUGGAGUCUGGUAGUUUUUGGAAGACAUUCGAUUGUGGAGAGGAAUAUUGAUACGGACUGCAACGGAAACGAGAUCCACCUAUCCCAAGUCCGCUACCUGAUUCUUAUCCAGACUACAUUGGAACACCUUCAUAGUACUAUUACCUAUAUCUAUGGGAUUAUCAAAGCCCUACCAUCAUUAAUAGAUCCCAUUCUUACUAUCUUGUUAACUAAUGAACUCAGAAAAGCGGCAAAACGAAGACUGAAAUGUGGAAAAUCAUCUACAUCUGACAAAUCUGAAAACACCACAAAACUAAUUUUAUUCGUCACCAUAUCAUUUUUUAUUCUGGAGGUCCCCAAUGGGUUCGCUCACGUCACUGCAGGAUUAUUCCAUGGCAACCCUCAAAUCCUGACAAUAUCAUACAUGAUCCAAGUGUUUGCUGAAAUCCUUCCAGUCUUCAAUUCAUCCUCCCAUUUCUUUAUUUGUUUGAUUAUGUCGACUCAAUACCGAGAUACUGCUAAGGAAUUAUAUGGAUGCUGUAGAUCCAGAAAACCCGAAAUCAUAAUUGUCCAGGAGUGUGGAAAUCAUAGAAGAGGGACUCAUAGUACUCUAGGUUCCGUUGUGUUUUGA